UCUCCAAAAAACACAAAUUUACCCAAUUCGCAAAGUACCUCGACUUUACUCGUGGCAGAUGAUUCAUUCCACUCAAAGGACCAGGUUGAAUGGCCAGAUAAAUUUUCAAUUGAUGAGGACACAUUACCUACAAGCCUCAGAAACGCUCUCCAUCAGAAGAAAACAUUGCGGAAACCUCAUGUAAUUCUGUUAAUGAAUCAUCUCUAUGAAGCCAUCACCCGCUACACAUUUUAUCCUACUCCAAGUCAGUACAAGUCCGUUGCGGUUGAAAUUGUGAAGAAAUACCCAUUUCUGGCUCCUCUUCCCUUUGGAGAUUCCGUGGUCUAUUGGAGAACUCGUCUAUCCGAGAAGCUAAGGAACACGAGGAAGCGACGGGACCUUGAAGUACCAGCUGUCGAAGCCUACCGUGGACGGAGGCGUACGCUCUUGUCCAGCAAUUCAGAAUCAUCAGCAAGUCCUCGAAAUGAAAACGAGCUAAAUUCAACACCGACUAAAAGUGUAAAGAAUUCGAGCGAAAAUAAGUUGCGGCGCGCUGUCAAAUGUAAACCACCGUUUGGAGUGCUCAAUUAUUUACCGCCUAAUACUUUGGCGGAUGACGAUGCUGCUAUGGCGCGGCACCAAUGGGUCAUGAUCAAUGACUAUAAAAAGAACUUUAAGGACACGAGGAAGAUUGAUGACCUUAUGGACAAGACCUUUCCAUACCGUCGCAGACUUAUUGUAACUGAAAUGGUCAAGAUUCAGAAACUGAAGAGCGAUUUCCCGUUCCUUUUUGACGAACAGCAGAUCAUCCUGGAAUUUCGACGUCUCACUGGAAUGGAUAUCAUGGAAGUGAUGAUGAAGAGGCUCAUAGCCUAUGCUCCAGCUAUUUUACACCUUGCCAAAGACCACACGGAUCUGAUGUCUCUGCUAGAUGCACCAGCGGAUGACAUCGAAGAGCAACGAUGUUGUAGAGCGCUCUGCCACCUGCCUUCGCUGCUGAAAGAGGAACUUCACGUUGGCGUCGAAUCAGAUUUGAAUGAAGAACUGGCGCCUCAUCUUAUUAUGACGGUUCCGAAGCCAAGCACUUCAGCCACCUCGGUGGACGAGGCUCAGUCCAGUGUUCGAGAUACUGCUGCCUCUGGAUCUUCUUCUGGUGUCCCUCCUGAUGCAACCUACUUGAUGCCAUCAACUGGCGAAGUUUUGCUGUCAAGUGAUGAUUUUAUGCCCGUCACUCUAGGUCAUGAUAACUAUGGUCUUUAG